GACAUGAAGACAGUUUGUUUAAGGAUUUAUUUGAAGACUAUGAAAGAUGGGUGCGUCCCGUGAACCACCUGAAUGACAAGAUAAAGAUAAAGUUUGGCCUGGCUAUAUCUCAACUAGUGGAUGUGGAUGAGAAAAAUCAGUUAAUGACAACAAAUGUCUGGUUGAAGCAGGAAUGGAUAGAUGUAAAAUUAAGGUGGAACCCCCUGGACUACGGUGGAAUAAAAGUUAUACGUGUCCCUUCAGAUGCAAUCUGGACCCCAGACAUCGUGUUGUUUGAUAACGCAGAUGGACGUUUUGAAGGCGCCAGUACCAAAACCGUUGUCAGGUACGAUGGCACUGUCACCUGGACCCCACCCGCAAACUACAAAAGUUCCUGCACCAUCGAUGUAACCUUUUUCCCAUUUGAUCUCCAAAACUGUUCCAUGAAAUUUGGCUCCUGGACUUACGAUGGCUCGCAAGUUGAUUUGGUUUUAGAGGAUCAAGAAGUGGACAAGAGAGACUUUUUUGACAAUGGCGAAUGGGAAAUUUUGAGCGCCAGGGGAAGAAAAGGAAACAGAACGGAUAGCUGUUGCUGGUACCCAUCCAUCACUUACUCCUUCGUCAUCAAGCGCCUGCCUCUCUUUUACACCUUGUUCCUUAUCAUCCCCUGUAUCGGGCUCUCCUUUUUAACCGUGCUUGUCUUCUAUCUUCCUUCAAACGAAGGGGAAAAGAUCUGUCUCUGCACCUCAGUCCUUGUCUCUUUGACCGUCUUCCUCCUGGUGAUUGAGGAGAUCAUACCUUCCUCUUCCAAAGUCAUCCCUCUGAUUGGAGAGUACCUGGUGUUCACCAUGAUCUUCGUCACACUGUCAAUCAUGGUCACCGUCUUCGCCAUCAAUCUCCAUCACCGGUCUUCCUCCACACACAACGCGAUGGCCCCAUGGGUCCGCAAGCUCUUUCUUCACAGGCUCCCCAAGCUGCUCUGCAUGCGGAGCCAUGCGGACCGGUACUGCCCGCCGAAAGAGGCAGCGGGGAGCGAGAGUGGAGCCCAGGCUUCCAGAGACACACUGGAAGCAGCCCUUGAUUCUAUUCGCUACAUCACAAGGCACGUCACGAAGGAGAGCGCUGUCCGAGAGAUUGUAGAAGAUUGGAAAUUCAUAGCCCAGGUUCUCGACCGGAUGUUUCUGUGGACAUUUCUACUGGUUUCAAUUGUUGGAUCUCUUGGUCUUUUUGUUCCUGUAAUUUAUAAAUGGGCAAACAUCAUUGUGCCCGUUCAUAUUGGAAAUGCAAACAAGUGAUGCUUCACAAAGGGCUGUAUUAUGACUUUGCCUACCUGAAGGCACAUGUCUCGUAGGCACCUGGUUGACAUGGAUGAAAACGCUAGCUUGAACAGGUUAACAGCCGCUAAAAUCACCUGCUCUUACUGCACUGUGCAUUGGGACACCUGCCUGCAUGACCGAGUAAGGAGUGACCUAGUCGCAUUUGCUCCUUGGAAACCAGCACCAAAAUAUUACCUGAGCGCUACUAGUGAACGCCUGGAACCGUGUCCCAGCAAGUCAUGCGACCUUGUGGCAAACAGUGAUCUUGUAGCAAAAGGCGAAUGUUUUGAUUACGCUGAGAAAUACCAGCUGUAGUUGAAGACUUAUUUUAACACCAAUAUUUUGUGAUGUUUUAAGUCUGCCCUGUAUUCUCUGGCUACCACUAAUCUUUAGUGUAAUAUUGUGCUGUUAUAUUUAGUAUGAUAAUAAUCUCAUGGGCUGCUGCUUUCUGGAAUCCUAUUGUUUUACAGAUGAAAAAUGGGAAUUGGGAACUCCUUGGUCACAUGAGUCUUGUCUUUAGGUCAGGAACCCUGGUGGUCAUGUUGAGUAAGUGUUGGCCUAUGAACUGCAGACCCACCAGCUACUUUACUGGAGAAAGAUGGAGGCUGUUUGCUUCCAUAACGAUUCCUUAACGAUUUCCAGCCCUAGAAACCCUCGGCCGGGUCCCUGUGGGGCCGGAGUCCACUCCGUGGCAGUGGGUUUAUUCUUUAGAUGCCUAUGCCGAAUCGCCAUUGUAUUAACUUUCUAUAGCUCCCUUGCGGCAUCUUCUUAAUGUUACUUUCAAUUCCCUUGGCCCCAUUUUCUAAAUUUAAUACAACCACGUUCUAUAUAAAUUGUGCUAGCAUUUCUUGAUCCUUGACCGUAGAAUCCAAAAGCCUUUCGGACCUAAUGCUCUCCGAAUGGAUUCCAACCCACAGUGACCCUAUGUAGCGUUUCUGAGGCUGUAGAUCUUUCCGGGGAUAGACAGCUUCAUCUAUCUUCCGAGGAGAACUAGUGGGUUUAUCACCGACCUUUCCGCUAGCAGCCAGUGCUGCCAGUGCUUCUUGGAUCUGAGAAGAGUCCACUGCAGUGACAUACACAAGUCGCAUUUUUAA